ACGCCAUAUUAUCACAAAUCAACAAAAUGUUCUCUCUCACACACCAUAUACAGAGAUACCCACAGUUCCCAUGUGCAAUGCUCUAUCAGUUCUUGCUGGCUCUUUCUCAGGUCCAGUUGAGCAAAACAAAAGUUUUGUAGAUAUCACGUUCAAAAAAUUACACAUCAAUAUAAUUUGAAAUCUUUUCCUCCCCAUCUCACUUCCUAGGCCUGAAUAUGGAUUCCAAGACCCUUCUUGAUUAUGCUCUGUUCCAACUCACCCCAACAAGAACAAGAUGCGAUCUUGUGGUGUUUUCCGGGAAGAAAAAUGAGAAAUUAGCUUCUGGGCUAGUGGAACCCUUCAUUUCUCACUUGCAAUAUGCUAAAGAUCAGAUUCCGAAAGGUGGGUAUUCAAUUACUCUGCGUCCACCGGUUGAUGGCCCAUGGUUCACCAAAUCCACAUUUCACAGAUUCGUGCGCUUUGUGAGUACACCUGAAAUUCUUGAGAGGAUGAUAAGAAUAGAACGAGAAAUUGCACAGAUAGAAAGUUCAAUUCAAUCUAACGAAAUUUCGAACAAUGAUGUGGCAGGACAUAUCGGGGAAGGAAACCUGUCAACUGCUGAUGGUAUCACGAAGAAGUCAAGGGAUUCCUCAAAGUUAAAUGAUGAAGAUGGGGUUGAUGGCGCUGCAGCGGAAGAAAAUUCCAAGUUUCGUCUGCAACGUAUUAUGGAUACUCGAAAAACAUUACUACAGAAAGAGCAAGCCAUGGCUUAUGCCCGUGCUGUCGUGGCAGGAUUUGAAAUUGACAACAUUGAUGAUCUCAUAUGCUUUGCUGACACAUUUGGAGCCUCCCGAUUAAGAGAAGCGUGCACUGAUUUCAAGGAGCUUUACAAGCAAAAGCAUUCGGACAACCAAUGGAUGGAUGAAUUAGCAGCAGUUCAAGCAUACUCCAUUCCUGCUCUUUCUUUUAUGGGGACGUCUGGAAUCAUGGUUGCCGGUGAAAACAAUCACAAGAGUGGGAACUCUGAGGGUCUAUUGGGGUCGAUUGGCUCUAUGGAAUCUACUACAACAAAUUCAGACGGUAGCAAAGAAAUUAAGCCUCCUUUGGAUCAGACAUCAUCAACUUCAGCUAAAGCACAGUUACAGGUGCCAUGGAUGGAUCAUAUUCCUCCAUAUGCGUACAACUUUCAAAAUCCUACUCAACAAUACCAAGGAUAUCCUUUCCCGGGUAUGCAUCCCGUCCUGCCUUAUUAUCCCGGGCAUUUGGGAUGGCCUCAAAAUGUGAAUGGUUCUCCUAAUGGCAUUAUUCUACAGUCUAAUGGUCAUCAAAAUCAAAAGUCAUCUCGCAGAAAGGAGAAACCUUUAGAAGCAAAUGGAGCUGAAACCUCCGAUGAGGAUGAACAAAAUGAAUCUACUGACUCUUAUUCUGGGACAGAUUCAGAUGAAAGUAAAAUGCAUGGCAAGAAGCAUUCUUCAAAGGGGCAAUUGUAUGUUAAAAAUAACAAGAAAAAGUCCUCAAAGACGGUUGUGAUUCGUAACAUAAACUAUAUGACUUCCGGGAGGCGUGAUGAAGAAGAGGAUGGAAUCUCUGAUGAUUCUUCGGCACUUGAUGAAGCUUCCAUCAGAGAGGGGGUGGACAAUGCAAUUGCAUCAUUGGAGAAACAUUCCCACUCAAAAACUCAUAAGAACAGAGGACAUCGAGGCUCCCAUUCUAAAAAUGGAUCUAUUGAUAUAACUGAGCAUGAUUUUAAGAAUGAUGUUGGAGUGAAGAAAAAUGAAAAUUGGGAUGCUUUUCAGAAUCUGCUCAUGAGUCACGAUGAGUCAACUAUUAAUGGCUCUCAGAAUCAUCACAUUAUGGAUUUUCAGGAUGCUAUAGAUUUCAAGUCUGAGAAAAUUAAGAAACAACCUUUGACCACCGAUGAUGCUAUUCGUGUUAUUCACAGAAAUGGAAAGAAUGACGGCAGAGAUGAUGUGUUAGAUUUUACAAAUGGUGAAAAUACGCACCCAAUUGUGAAAAGAACGGUUUCUGAAAAUGAGAAUGCAUUGUUUCUGCAAAGAUCAGAAGAAUCACAGCUAAGUCUACUCAGAACUCCAUCUGAAUUUGCUGCGGAAUCAUCCAUUAUUAGAAACCGGAAGGUGGAAGAUUGGUUUGUUGAAUCCUCUGGAGAUUCAGAGCAAAUGGAAUUCGACAAUCUUGGCAUUAUGUCCUAUGAGGCAAACUUUAUUCACAAAAAAUCAACCCAAAAAACUGAUUUGGUUGACGAUUCCAUUAUUAUAGAGUCUAGACCGGCAGUAUAUGGUCAGUAUGAUUCUUCAUGGAGAACUGAUAUUAGCAUGGUCGAGGACAUAAAUCUAGCUACAAGGACUCAAAAUAAAAAUUCAAAUGGUUCACAGGAAUUACCCAAGCAGGCUGAGCCUGAUGAACUCUGCAUGGCACUUGUGAGGGAGUCACGUGAAUCCGUGGAGGAAACCUGGACACUAGAAAUGGAUUAUGAAGCUGAAAUUUCUUUUACAGAGGCUGAUAGAAGAUCUUCUCUAGUUAAAGCAAACACCAACGUAGAAGAAAAUCCUCUUGUCAAUGGUAAAAGUGCCAUCAGCAAGAAAAAUGCAGGUCCAACUACGAAGAAUCUGGGGAGGGACUUGAAAUCUGGAGUUUUACGGGGAUCCCCUGCUAAGAGCAAGCCCGAUAACAUAUCAAAGAACAAGAAGCCGUCUUCAGCAAGCAGGUUGAUGGCUCAUAAGAGCAAGUUAGAAAAGGAAGAAGAUGUUCGUAAGAGAAUGGAAGAACUACUUAUCCAACGGCAGAAGAGAAUCGCUGAAAGAACAGCUUCUUCGGGUGCGAGUCCUGCAGCUGCAGCGCCUAAGAAAACCCCAGUCGUCAGUAAAACAGCUCCUUCAAUGCUCGAGAAACGUCGGACUAAAUCGAUUGUCCGCUAGACGAAAUUGUGUAAAAUCAGAAGAAAAUUCGUUUCAUAAGAGAGAAUCGUGAAGCAGCAAGUUGUGUUUCAAGCCUUUGUACAGAAUUGAUUACUGUAUUCUUCGUCACUGUAGAUUCGUUUAUCAGCCAUGUGUGUUUCAUCUGCAUGCAGAGAAAUAAAUUUCAUGUUAUCAAUUAUCAAAUGUUCCCUCAUAGUCAUAAGGAAACUUCUCUCCAAAUUUAUAUCAGAUAUAUGUACAAGUUUUGUAGAGAUUCAGGCCCAUUUCUAUGCUGAUGAUAUUUCGUAUACAACUUUUGUCCUUUCCUGCUGAA